CAGCAAAAACUCUCAAGAAGAAGAAGCAGCUCUACUGUAAGCUAGCUCUACGAGGAAUUUCCAGUUGCUAGCCGAUUUGUUAGCCUUCAAAACGCAUUACGGUGAAAAGAAACAUAGGAGGAGAGAUACUGGUACCGCUGCCAGUGGGUCAUGCAGCUUUCUAAAAGGUAAUGAGCCGUAAAGCCUCGGGGUCUCGGCUCAGCGGCGCCCACAAACUGCAGCCACCCUGGAAUGACUGGCAGUCCAGAUUUGACAGUCUGUCAUCCAGCCAAGACGAAGUGAAGUCCAGAGAGCUUGGUUCAGCAUUGUUGUAUGACGUGUUACCCUCCAGCUGCCCUGACCAGCCAGUGGUGCCCAGCGAUGCUUAUGCUGCUGGAGAUACACACCAGGAAGAGGGUGGAUAUGAAGCUGCUCAAGGUGUCUGUGAUAAUACACUUGGUUGGAAGUCGAUGGGGCAAGAGUUGAGGCCCAAUGACGUGAGAACGGAUUUGACUCCUUUUCAGCAUGGAAACCGUGCUUUAACUUCAAAGGACAUGAAGAAAUUGCAGGACAGAGGAAUGGCUCACUCAGAGGAGUCUCGGCUGGCCAACCUCCUGCGUCGGGUCUCCAGAGAAGAUGAUCGUGACCGAAGGCUCGCCACACUCAAACAGCUCAAAGAAUUCAUCAGCCAUGGGGAGAGCAAAUUGACACUGGUCAAGCAGAUGGACAACAUCCUCAGCACCUUGAAUGACAUUUUGAAUGAGAGCAGUAAGCUGCUCUGGGAGUUGCGUCAGGACGCUGCAGCCUGCCUGGGUAUUCUCUGCACAGUGCUCAGCUACGAGGCUGAGCGCAUCUUCAAGUGGCUCUUUCUGAAGUUCACCACAUGCAGCCGUGAUGAGGUGAAGCUGUUGUACCUAGUUGCAGCACAUCGCGCUUUGGAGGCUGCUGGGGAAAGGAAGGCUUUCUCUCAUGUCAUGCAGCUGGUGAUGAGCAACCUGCAGUCCAUCCUGGAGAAUGUGGACACCCCAGAGCUGCUUUGUCAAAGUGUUAAAUGCAUUCUUCAGGUGGCUCGCUGCUAUCCACAUGUGUUCAGCACAAACUUCAGGGACACAGUUGACAUCUUGGUGGGAUGGCACAUUGACCACACACAGAAGCAUUCAGUCACUCAGCAAGUUUCAGGAUGGUUACAGAGUUUGGAACAGUUCUGGGUGGCAGAUCUGACUUUCUCCACAACCCUGCUGGGACAGUUCUUGGAGGAUAUGGAGGCAUAUGCAGAGGAUCUGAACCAUGUUGGGUCUGGUGAGGUGCUGGAUGAAGACAUCCCCCCUCCAUCUGUAUCCCUACCCAAGCUGGCAGCUCUGUUGAGGGUUUUCAGCACAGUGGUUCGCAGCAUAGGAGAGCGAUUCAACCCCAUCAGAGGACCACCCAUAACCGAGGUCUACGUCACUGAUGUUCUCAACCGAGUUCUGGCUUGUGUUACCACAGCAAAGCAGGUUCAGUUCUCUGAGGGGGUUCUCACAGCAGGGAAUGAAUGUGUUGGUGUGUUGCUGGCUAGUGUUGAGCCCUCUGGUCAGCUGCUGGUGGCUGUUCUGGACUAUGGCCUGGACCAACUGGACUGCUGCAGGGCCUGCGGCGCCGACUACAGUCUGGCAGUGCUUAGCCUUGUUACUCUGAUUGUUGACCGGAUCAACACAAAGCUCCCCAUGUCCUUUGUUGAGAAACUGUUGGCACCAGAAUCCCAGCUACUGAAGCUGCGUUUCCAUAGGGAGAAAGAGGUGAUGUCAGCUGUUCAUGGUGUGUACCAAGCACUACUAAGCCUGAAAAACAUUCCAACACUGGAGGCAGCUUAUAAAAUGGUACUUGGUGAGAUGACAUGUGCCUUAUCCAGCCUGAUGGCAACCCUGAAACCAACUGAUGGGGCCCUGGCAUCUGAUGGCAUUUGCACCAGUAUUGAGCACCCUGCUUUUGCCCCUCUCACCCUACCCCCGGAAACUGCUCAGUUCAUCCUUAUCUUCAACCUCAGCACACUGACCACAAUUGGAAACACCAAGAAUUCUCUCAUUGGGAUGUGGGCGUUGUCUCCUACGGUCUUCGCUCUGCUCAGUCACAAUCUGAUGCUGGUCCACUCUGAGAUUGCAGUCCACUACCCUGCCAUCCAGUAUGCUGUACUCUACUCUCUGUACUCCCACUGUACCAGACAUGACCACUUCAUCUCAUCCAGUCUGUCAUCAUCUUCUCCCUCCUUGUUUGAUGGCGCUGUCAUCAGCACUGUGACCACAGCAACUAAGAAGCAUUUCAGCACACUCCUAAGCCUUCUGGGAAUUCUUCUGGUGAAGGAGCACCUGUACAAUGAAGCCAGGAGGCUUCUGCUGACUUGGGCUCAGGAAAUCUCUGUGUUGAUGAAGAAGUCAGACACCUAUGGCCCUCUCUUCUCGCUGCCCUCCUUUCACAAGUUCUGCAGGGGCCUGCUAGCCAAUGCUCUGAAUGAAGAUCAAAGUAUCUGCCUUCAGACUUGCCACAGCUUACAGGUUCUCUCAUCAUCACUCUCAACCGAGUUGCUGCAGAGAUGUGUGGAUGUGUGCAGAGUCCAGUUGGUCCACACAGCAGUCAGAGUUAGACAGGCCUAUGGCAAGCUGCUCAGGACAAUCCCACUCGACGUGGCAUUGAGUAAUCACAGCCACCCCAAGAUGAGGGAGAUCUCGAUCACAAUCCGCUACCAUAUGAGUCGAGCACCAAGCAGCACAUUCCACCCCCAGGACUUCAGCGACCUCAUCAGCUUUAUUUUAUAUGGAGUCCUUCAUCGAGGAGGCAAGGAGCCCUGGCUGGAGCGUCUAUACUACAGCUGCCAGCGUCUGGAGAAACGGAACGGCCGAGGAGGUGUUGAUGGCAGCAAGCUGGAUGUAGUGCCCCAUGCAUUAUUGAAAACUGAGACGGUGCUGUGGCAGUGGGCAGUGUGGGAGGCUGCACAGUUCACUGUUAUGUCUAAACUCAGAACACCAUUGGGACGAGCUCAGGACACCUUCCAGACUAUUGAGGGUAUGAUCCGGAGCCUGGCUGCCCAGAGUCUUAACCCAGAACAGGACGUUGGAGCUUGGGCUGGUGCUGGAGGUGAUGGGGAUAGUCACCACUCAAAUCAGCUUCGUCUUGCUCUUCUUCUUCAGUAUCUGGAGAACCUUGAGAAACUCAUGUACAAUGCUUAUGAGGGCUGUGCAAAUGCUCUCACUGCUCCACCCAAGGGCAUCAGGACAUUCUUCUACACCAACAGGCAAACAUGCCAAGACUGGCUGACAAGGAUCCGCCUGGCACUGAUGAGAGUCGGCCUUCUCUCUGGCCAACCUGCAGUAACCAUUCGUCAUGGCUUUGACUUGCUUUCAGAGAUAAAGAAUAGCAGCCCCCAGGGACCAGAGCUUGAGGUUCCUUUGACAUUGCUGGUGGAAGCUUUGUGUGAGCUGCAUUGUCCUGACGCCAUCCAGGGCCUGUCAGCCUGGAGUCUCCUCACAGGUGGCAAGAGUCUAAGUUGGCUGUCAUCAGUUGCAUUGCAAGCAGAGGGACGGUUUGAGAAGGCAUGCCUGGAGUAUCAAGAUCAACUAUCUGCAGUAACAGGGAUGGACUGCAGCAUCAAAAGCUCUGAUUGCUGUCUGCUCAAAUUCUCCAGCAACUCAUGUAGCCCCAAACACACCAGCAACGGUGACAUUAAGAAGACAGUGCUGCUAAAAUCCAGUGAGUGUUCUCCUGAGGUGAUCAACUUCCUGGCCAACAAAGCAUGUCAGUGUUAUGUGGCACUCUGUGAUUGGGCAUCUGUGAAGGAGUGGCAGGCUACAAUCCAUACCAUCAAACAGAACUCUACCAAUCAAGUCAGCAUUAACCUAAAGACGGAUUUUAACUACAUCCAGGCUCUUAACUGCUUUGAGGAUGGAGAUCUGGCUGAGUGUGGAGUUCAGCUGGAGCUUCUACCUGGAGAGGAUUACAGCUCACUCUCCAACACCAAGGACAAGCUUGAUCUCAAGAGGCUUCUCCCCUUCAUAAGUCCAGAUCCAACUGAGCUGCAGAGAGCUGUUGAGGUGCAGCUUCUUCGCAGUGCUGUUAGUGCCAUGGCGAAAGCUAGUGAACAGCAGGAGAAGACUACAGCCAAUCCAGAUAUAUUGGUGCGCUGCCUGAAACAGACUGGGCGGAUCUGUUUGGGUCCUCUUCGCCUGUCUACCCUCACACUCUCUGAUGCCCUGCCCAGCCUGCCUACCCUGCAGCUUCAUUGUACUGCUACCCUUGAGAACACUUUCACUGGACAAGAAGAUUGUGUGAUUCCUCUGUCCAGUGAGGCCCUGAGCUCCUGUAAGCGACAGGAUGUCCAGCCUUUUCUUCAGGCCCUCAGAUACACCAUCUUCCAAAGGCAGCUCCUCCAUAAACUCAAAGGUUACCCUUCUUCCAUAGAUGGCCACGUGGUAGAGCUUUGCCUGACUGCUGUCAAAUUUGCCCGCAAAAAAGGCAACAUUGCCCUGGCCUCCCGUCUGCUCAGCCAGUGCAGUGACGGGACAAAAGAUGAGGAGCCGCAUGAUGAACUGAGUCAGGCCUUGAAGUGUCUCACCCUAGAGGGCACUGUGGGGGAGAAAUGGGGACCAGAGCUGCAGAUAGAAAAAGCCAAAGUCUUAAGAACUGCAGGUCAGUCCAUGACAGCCAUGGAGAUGCUGAGCAGAGCCGCUCUGUCCUACUGCCAUGUAGGGAAGAAUGAAAGUGCUGCCUGCCGGUCACUACUGACACUCUGCAAAUGGCUUUUGGCUGACUGGAAGGACAUGACACCUCAGCUUAAACAGGUGUUAAAGAAGACAGGAGCAGUAAACUCAACGAUUACAGUGAGCAGCAUGUCACCUCUGAGCCAGGUUAUAUCUGAUCUGCUGGAGCUUCCCCUCGAGGUCCGGGGUAUCCCCCACAUCAUUGCUGAGACUUCAGUGAGUGUGGGGGUUGGGGAACCCGACUUCGUGUUGGGACAACUCUAACAGCUUUCUGUCAGCUUGGCUCCAGAGAUGGCCAAGGCCUGGGCAGCCCUAGCCAGCUGGGCUUACCGCUGGGGCAGGAAGGUGGUGGAUAAUGCUAGCCAAGGAGAGGGAUUGCCUCUUCUUCCUGGGGAAAAGAAGGAGAUAGAAGAGCUGCUGCCAGCAACCACCAGUGAAGACAAAGACACCAUCUUCAGCAUUCUUGGUCAGGCUAUGUGUCGACCUACUGCAUACAGGCCGAGACUGUCAGAUGAGGACAUGGCUCUACAGCAAGAAGAUGAUGAGGACGACAUGGUAGACUUGAUCUGGCGGCACCUCACUGGCUCAUGCCCGUGGCUUGGGGAAGCAGGCCAGCCUGUUACUGAUGGUCUGAUACGGGUUUGGAGAGUCGUGGUUGACCGCAUUUUUGGCCUCUACCGGGUGUCCUGUCAGGCCUUUACCUUUCUCAAACUCAAUGCUGGACAGGUCCAUAUAGAUGAAGAUGACCCUAAACUCUUGUUGUCAUGUCACAAUGGCAAGCAGAGCAAUGAUGAUGUCAUUGUCAUGGCAACUCUACGUCUUCUUCGUCUUCUGGUGAAGCAUGCUGGUGAACUUAGGGAAAGCCUUGAGCUUGGCUUAGCCUCCACCCCAACAGCACCAUGGAGGGGUAUGUCAUAUCACAAAAUAAGCAUUAUCAAACAAGCUUUUUCCCGUCUCAACCAUCCAGAGGCAUACAUCAGACAAAGCAUAUGCAGCCUGUUAUGUCGAGUGGCCCAGGAUUCCCCACAUCUUAUUCUCUACCCUGCAAUUGUGGGCUCACUCUCUCUGGAAGCUCAGAAUUCAGGGAGUAAAUUGCCUUCAGCUCUGCCAACCUUCUUGGGCAGCAUGCAGGGAGAGGGUCUUGGUGGGGAAGGGGAGGAGCAGCUCGAUAACUGCGGACAAGGAGGAGCUCCGGAAGAGCUGACUACCCUUUGCUUCAUGCAGGACCAAGCCAUGAUGCAGGACUGUUACAGCAAGAUUGUGGAGAAACUGUCCUUUGCAAACCCUACGAUGGUGCUUCAGGUCCAGCAUCUAGUUGGUGAGCUGCGCAGAGUGACCUUACUCUGGGAUGAACUAUGGCUGGGUGUAUUACAACAGCAACACAUGCAUGUUCUGCGUAGGAUCCAACAGCUGGAGGACGAGGUUAAGAGGGUGCAAAACAACAACACACUUCGCAGGGAUGAAAAGAUUGCCAUAAUGCGUGAGAAGCACUCUGCCCUGAUGCGUCCAGUGGUUUUUGCCCUUGACCACGUCUGCAGCAUAACAGCAGCUCCAGCAGAGACACCACACGAAACAUGGUUCCAGCAGACCUUUGGUGAUGCCAUAGCAUCUGCCCUAGAGAGACUGAGGAACCCCUCAAACCCUGCCAAUCCCUCCAGCAGUUGGCUCCCCUUCAAACAGAUUAUGAUGAGCCUGCAGCAGCGUGCUCAGAAGCGAGCUAGCUAUCUGCUUCAUCUGAAUGAGAUCAGCCCUCGUCUGGUGUCCAUGACCACAACAGAGAUGGCUCUUCCAGGUGAAGUGUCAGCAUCUGAUGCCGUCACCAUACAGAGUGUAGGCAACACCAUCACCAUCCUGCCCACCAAGACAAAACCAAAGAAGCUCUUCUUCCUGGGCUCCGAUGGACGCAAUUACCCAUACCUUUUUAAAGGUCUAGAGGAUUUGCAUUUGGAUGAGCGUAUCAUGCAGUUUUUGUCCAUUGUCAACACCAUGUUCACCAAGAUCAACCAGCAGGAGCAGCCGCGCUUCCAUGCCCGCCACUACUCUGUCACCCCACUUGGAACCCGAUCAGGACUUAUCCAGUGGGUGGAUGGAGCCAUGCCACUUUUUGGCCUGUACAAGCGCUGGCAGCAGAGGGAAGCUGUGCUUCAGGCUCAGAAGGUCCAAGACUCAUUCCAACAGCAGCCUGUGCCUCCAGUACCCCGGCCUAGUGAACUCUACUACAGUCGUAUUGGGCCAGCUCUGAAGGCAGUGGGGCUCAGUCUAGAUGUGACACGACGAGACUGGCCUCUCAGCGUAAUGAAGGAGGUCCUAAAAGAGUUGAUGGAGACUACUCCUUCCAACCUGUUGGCAAAGGAGCUGUGGUGUUCCUGCACCACACCCAGUGAGUGGUGGGGGGUAACUCAGUCUUAUGCCAGAUCCACUGCGGUCAUGUCAAUGGUGGGAUAUAUCAUCGGCCUUGGAGACCGCCACCUCGACAAUGUGUUGAUUGACAUGACCACUGGCGAGGUGGUGCACAUUGAUUACAAUGUUUGCUUUGAAAAAGGAAAAAGCCUACGAGUGCCAGAGAAGGUUCCAUUCAGGAUGACCCACAACAUUGAGACUGCUCUGGGUGUUACAGGGGUCGAGGGCAUCUUUAGGCUCUCCUGUGAACAGGUGGUCCAGAUGAUGCGCAGGGGCAGAGAGACCCUUCUGACCCUUCUUGAGGCCUUUGUCUAUGAUCCCCUGGUAGACUGGACUGCUGGGGGAGAGGUGGGCUUUGCUGGGGCAGUCUAUGGAGGAGGAGGCCAACAGGCUGACAGUAAGCAGAACAAGAGAGAGAUGGAGAGAGAUAUCACACGUUCUCUCUUUUCCUCCAGGGUGGCUGAGAUUAAGGUAAACUGGUUUAAGAAUCGAGAUGAUAUGCUGGCAGUGCUGCCACAAGUUGAAGAGGCUGUUGAAGAGUACCUGGUCCUACAAGAUUUGCUUUGCCAGGGGGAGAAACUACAAUCUAAGCUCAAGGAAGAAAUCUGCUUCCUCGAAGGGGCCGAAAACCAUCCUGACCAUCACAUCCUCACUCUUGAGCAAAGGUACUCUGAACACACCCAGUUACAGUCACAACAACUGACUGUACAAGAAGCCAUUGAGAGCAAGCUGGCUGACCUGGACCAGUGGAUCUCCCAGUACCAGACAGCAUUCUCCAACCUUGAGGCCACUCAGCUGGCCAGCCUGCUGCAGGACAUCAGCAGCUCCAUUGAUCUGGGUCCUCCUAGCUACGUGCCAGCUACAGCUUUUCUCCAAAAUGCAGGCCAGGCCCACAUAAUAAGCCAGUGUGAGAGCUUGGAGGCAGAAAUGAGCUCCUUGCUGCAACAGUGCCGUGGGGCCCUACGUAGUUGCCUUGAGCAGCUGCACAGCUAUGCUACAGUGGCUUUGCUGUAUCCACAGUCUACCCUGCUUCUCCAUCGAACCCACCAGUGGAAGGCUUGGCUUGAAGAACUCAUGAGAGACAUGACAGUAGAGCAGUGCCAGCACAUCUACAGACAAUUUGAGGUGCUGUUUGCUGCCCAGCCUCCUGCUGCCUCAUGCCAGUUCCUGUCCAGUGUGGAGUUGACUUUGCAGCAUCAACUUGCUGAAACUAAUGAGCGUGUGAUGCAACAAACAGAGCAUCUGAAGGCUGAUGGCACAAACGUAGCGGCCUGCGAGGAGCAGCUGCAUGAGAUUGAACACUGUAUCACAGUAUUCCUUCGAGACAAUGCAGAGUUGGGCUCCCUCAGCAUGGCAUGCAUCAUCACCUCUGCCCUCUGCACACUAUGCAGGCGGAACUUAGUAAUGGAAGGAGCGGCAGCUAGUGCUGGAGAGCAGCUGGUAGACUUGACAUCUCGGGAUGGGACAUGGUUCCUGGAAGAGCUUUGCAGUCUGACUGGAAAUGUCAGUGCCUUAGCAACACUGCUACAACGCUGCCCACACCUGGCCCAUGACCUGGAGCUGCCUGCUCCCUCAGUUACCAUCCAGGCUGUGUACUUUGCCAACGCUGUGUACACCUGCUUGCAGGAGCUGAACUCCAACUUCCGUCAGAUCAUCUUCCCAGAGGCGCUGCGCUGUAUGGUUAAAGGAGAGCAAACCCUGGACUCCAUGUUGGCAGAGCUUGAGCAACUUGUGGAGCAGAGCUCUGAUGGUCUCGGCCUCCAGGGUUUGGUGGACAGUCUGCAGGCCACCAUAGGCCUUGACCCUGACGGUCACAACCACUGCCUUCACAUAACCAGGAUGCUGCGUACUCAGUAUUCUGAACUGAUCCAGCCUCGCAGCAUGGAUGGACCAAACCAGGACACACCAAAGAUGUCCGCUGGUCAAAUGUUGUUGGUAGCCUUUGAUGGCAUGUUCACCCAGCUAGAGACUGCCUUUGCACAGCUCACAGAGAAGUUGAGUUCUCUGGAGAUGCCUUCAGCCUGGAGCAAGGUAGAUGUUCUAAGGGAGGCUCGGGCCACACAGCUCCACAUCUUUGAGAGCCUGAAUCAGCGGCAGUUGAUGGAAGAUGUGUUUUUUCUCAAGAGACUGCAAACCAUAAGGGAUUUCUUCAGGCUAUGUUCUUCCUUCUCUCAGUCUCUGUCAGGUACCUGCCAAUCAGCUGAAGACCUGUUGCCUCUAAAUGGUCCAGUUGGUUUGGGGAAGCCAUUAUUCCUGUGUCCCAGUACAACAGGGUCAGGUGUGACAGUGCCUAGUGAGGAACAAAUGAUCCGUCCCAUCAAGGCCUUCACAGCAGAGUUUGUGCGGCAAAUGCUUAUGGGUCUGCCCAGUCAGGCCCUUGGUUUGGCUCUGUGCAGCACCCUGUCUGCCCUUAGCCUGGAUAUUGUUGCUCAGGUAGAGGCAAAAGACUUUGGUGCAGAAAGCAAGGUUUCUCUGGAUGAGCUUUGCAAAAAGGCAGUGGAGCAGUGCCUGGCAUCAGGUCGUGUUUCCCAGCUGCUGCUUAACAGAGCCACAGUGCUGGCCUCCUCCUACGACACAGCCUGGAAAAAGGUUGAUCUGAUGAGAAGGAUGGAUGCCAACCUGGAGGCUGCCAAGGCCAGCAUGCAGAGGGGCCAGCUGCACAUUGCUAUGUUUCAGUGGCAGCAUGAGGAUGUUCUGGGCUCAAGUAGUCAGCCUCUAAGUGUUAGCAUUCCUCCUCGCUCUGUGAUCCUUGGCAACAUGAAAAAGCUGUACAAGUUGAGCCAGGAUGAGGGAGCUAUUGUUUCUGUUCAGGAGAAGCUGGCAUCACUGGAGGCUAGCAUUGAGCAGCGUCUGAAGUGGGCUGGUGGAGCCAACCCAGCACUGGCCCCUGUCCUGCAGGAUUUUGAGAUGACCAUUAGAGACAGACGAGCCAUGGUUGCCAGAGAAAACCAACGCAUCAGCCAGGUCACCUUCUUGUGCUCCACCAUCCUGAACUUUGAAAGCCUUCGGACCCGAUCGCCUGAGGCACUCAACAUGGAUGCAGCUCUGUUUGAACUGCUAAAGCGCUGCCAGCAGACCUGUUCCUAUGCAGCCCAAUUUAACACCACAGUGUCUCCCCUGGAGCUCCAACUACUUCACAGACUGACUCCAUUACUGGACCUUCCCAUAGGAAAGUACCGAUGGCUGUGCUGUGCCCAAGAACUGGAAGAGGAACUUAGCAUUGAGCAAAGGACUCAGGAGGAACGUGAGCAGCAGCUGGAAUCUUGUGGAGAGUCACUGCAGCUUCUUGUUGACUCAAUUAAGACUAUUCUUUCCAACCACAACCGCCAGCUGGCUGACGUGAAACACCUGCUGAGAGCAAUGGCUAAGGAUGAGGAGGUUGCAUUGGCAGAUGGUGAAGAGGUUGCAUAUGAAGGAAGCGUUCGUCACUUCCUAUUGGAGUACACAUGGCAGGACAAUAUCCAGCUGGUUUUGUUUACUGUGGUCCAAGCCAGUGGGCAGCCUCGUAACCUUGAGCACCUUGAACUGCUGGAGGAGAUUCCUACUACCCUCAAAGAACUGCAGCGCCAGAGCCAAAGUGUGUACAAUGGUCUGGUGGGCUUUGCCUCUCCACUGGUGACAGACAGAGAGAGUGAAUGUGCCAGUCCUGUUUCUGCAACACAAACAAGCUUUGCAGCAGCUGUUAGAUGCAGUGGGGUGAAGACCCAGCCGGACUCAAUGUCCCAGAAUGCCCGCAAGACUCUGCAACGUAACCUGGGAACUCCCAAUGAUACCCCACCCAACACUCUGCUGAUGAACAGCAAGGGCCUCAACCCUAGUCCAAAGAGAGCCGUACGAGACCCUAAAACAGGACGAGCUGUUCAGGAGAGGAACUCGUAUGCUGUAAGCGUGUGGAAGAGAGUGAAAGCCAAGCUGGAGGGCAGAGAUAUUGAUCCCAACAGGAGGAUGAGCGUUACUGAACAGGUGGACUUUGUCAUCAGGGAGGCCACCAACAUGGACAACUUGGCCCAGUUGUAUGAAGGUUGGACUGCCUGGGUGUGAACUCUAUGCUGGUUCAUGUCUAUGAUCCAAAGAAGGCUUGGAGAUCCACCAGAGGUCCAGUGGGUCUGGGAUGUCGCAACAGCAGCACCAGGUUACACUGGGGGGAGAAAAUGGGAAGCGGAUGCUAAGUUCGCCCUGGCAAUCUCCGGGGGUAGCGACCUUGUGGCACCGUUGCAACCACACUCCCCCAACCAUCGGCGAUUGGGCUAAACAGCGCUAAGUGAGCCUGCUGCCAUGCAUUCCUUUACAAGGUUUGAUUAGGCAAAGCAGUGCUGAAUGGGGGAAAAGAGGGUUAAUGCCUUCUCACCCUCGACUCGGAAAUACCUUCUCCCCUCGCCUGCGUCGCUCUCUUCCAAGUUGAACCCAUAAACACCACUUUUGAGCCAAUCAAACUCCACCUGAGGGCAAGAUGAAGCGAGAAGGGGGCUGUUUCCCUCUGAAGCAUAAAGCAUGCGCUGUGGGUGGGACUUCAGUGGGACCAAAGCUCAGAUGGAUAAGGCAUUUGCAAAGCCACAUUUGAUUUUUUGAAUCUUUUCCUGAAUGGUCUUGCAAGAUUGAUUGGCCUGUAGGUUGCUCAUUUGGGCAAGAAUAAUAAGAAAGAUUUGACAGGAUUUUUAGGCUACAUGGAUACCCUCCUGAAACCCAAAAUGAAAGAGAGAGCUGAAAACAACAAACUGUGAUUUGAUUCAUAUGCCUUACAGUAAAGACUCUGACAAUUCACUAUUGCGUCUGAUUUCCCAGAAUAAAAGAUUUUGCUUUUGUCGGGGGAAAAGAAAAGUUCUGUUGUGUGACAUAAUUUUGGGUUGCUCAUUAUUGAGCCAAGAACAGACAAGCAAAAGGGAAGUUAUUUGGACGAGGAAGAACACCCGUCUGCUUCUUUUUCUUCUAUGUGUUUCUUUAGUCUGUGUUGUGAUUUGUAACUAUUUCUGGUCAUUUCGUUGAAUACAGCUGUAGGUGUACAUUUCUGCCUUUUUUGCCUUGCUUGUCAAAAGAUGUUGCUUGCCUCAUAUGUAUUCACUCCACAGCCCCAAUCCUUGCAUUUUAUUAUUCUUGACCUUCUAGUUUUACGUUUUUAGUGGGAGAAAUUCAUUUUUGGUGAUGGUAGAGAAAGUUAAUUCUUAAUGCUUUUAUUGAAUUUUGUUGUAUGCUAAAUAAAACAUGAAAAUCGGAA